UCUUGAUAAGCAAGCAUGGCUAGAGCAGCGUUGGCAGCGUCCAGUGCCUAAUUAUUGUACUGUUGAAUUUAUUCGUGUUCUUAAAAUAAUAUCAAUAUUAAGUAUUCUACUCUUCGCACUCAGUUUUGAUUUGUCACAUAUUAUUUUAUAGUGCAUCGCUCCCUCAUUCUUUAUGUGCCCCGAAGGAGUGUUUGAAUGACAACGAUUUGAGCGAUGAACAAUGAUUGGAAGGUGCUAGGCACACAGAAACAGAAAUUGCGUACAGACUUCAUCCACAGCCAUCAUGGAAAAAAAAGUAGUUGUUGAAGUGCAUAAAGAUGUGAUAAAACCACUAAAACAGAAUAUCAGUCUUCCAAUCGACUUCCAGCAUUCAAAUUCCACCUUUUUCAAAAGUCUAAAUCACUUCAGCUCAAUCCCUGAAAAUUUAGCGUCUGUCAAAGAAUUUUAUAUAUUUUACAUCUUCAUUGGAUUAAGUGUCAUUAUUCUGCUCAUUUUUAUUCUACGUGCAAUGAGGUUUCGUUCAAAGAAGUCAACCAGAAUUCGCCGCUAUGGAAUAGUGACCUCAACGGGAGAUGUUGAAAUGAUGCCGCUCGAUAAUGAAGAUGAUGAUGAAGAAGCAACUGUAUUUGAUAUCACUGAUCAUUCUAGUCCGCAACCUUGACAUGAAAUUAUUGUUUGAAGCGCAGGUGAUUCCUUUUCAUAAACAGUAGAACUUUGGAAAUUUCUCCCAAAAACUUAUGAAGUUGGCACGAAAAGAUUCGAAUGUCAACAUUGGUCUUUUCCCUCAGACUUUUUUUCUAGGUGGUUGGAAUUUUUUAAUUAAAUGAAAAAUGUUUAUUUUCAUAUACAAGUCCACCAUCAAACAAAACUUUACGAAGGAAAAAGCUGUCAAAAAAGAAUUUGAGGGGGCAGGUUAAAUAUAGACACAACUUACAAACAUAACAUUGGAAAUCACAAUUUAACAAAAACCUAGCAACAUUCCCGAAAUUGGGGUAAGCAAUUCCACUCGCACCAGAGUAAUACAUGAGAAAGCAUUGCUCUGUCAUAGUUCGUCUAUAAGCCCCUUGAAUGUGGAUGUCUUCCAUCAAGGUUGGUAGGGGUGGUCGCGUUUGAUUUUGCUGGUUUUGCAGAUUAUUUCUCACGAGUAAUUUUACCAGUACCUCCAAAUUUUCCUCAUUUGCCACUGUCUCUCUCACAACAUUGGUGGCACCUUCAUUGGGGUGUUCGCGUGCUCUCAUGUACAGUUGUGCCAACAUCUCCCUCACUUAAACAUUGGGAGCAUGGAGGUACUUCUCUGUCCCAUCCUUCAGAAUUUCUAUAGAAUUGCAAUUUGAUGUGCUAAUACUCCAAGUAUUGCAGUUACCCUGGUCAUGACACCGCCAAUAAACUUUUGCCCCAUCCUUGCUCUUUGAAUGAUAGCGGUACACAUAAGAAUUUAAGAUACGAAUUCGACAAUUGAACAAGUGACAAACAGCAUAGCUCUUCAAAAUUAGGCACAUUAAAAAGACUGAACAUUUCAACAGAGGGAUAAGUUUUAGGUAUUUUAGGCAACAUCUUGAUAGCUCGCUUUUGCAUCGGAAUAACACCACUUAGGGAAUUUGCAGUUGCUCCAUCAUAAAUGAAAGUGAAGUAGGACAAUUGGACCAAAAAAUCGACAAGUAAAUCUUUUGGAGUGCAUCCACAGGCAAAAAUCUUUUUAAAUGGCACAAAGUUAAAAAAGACAACCCGAACCCAUGUAUGCCCAUCGGGUCGUUAGCGACUCAUCGCAGUUUUUGACUUUUAGUGUUAGUGUAAAUUAGGGAAUUUCAUGUGUUCAACACAGGAUAAUCCAUGUCUGGGAUAUAUUCUAUUUGUUUUGUGCCUCAACACGUGCUUACCCUGUCUACAUAACAUCAAAAACAAGUAAAUAAAAAAUCAAUUUAAAAAAAAAUAGUUUUGGGCAUUUAUGGGCUAAGUUGCACAACCAACUUCUCUGUGUAAGCUUUCCAACUUAAGGAGUCUAAAGUGACAUCAGGAUACCUGAGUUCUUUAACUACAACAAUUUUAACACAAUCACAAUCUUUCUGCAUGGUGCAAUCUAAGCAAUGAAUAUAUAAAGCUCCUAAGAUCAACUGUGGAGGCACCUCCAGGAAAAAAAGGCAAACGAGCAGUCUUCUCAAUAGGUAUCUAUAGGUACUCAAUUUAUUUUCAUGAAACCAAGGAAUAGAGCCAAAGAGCAUUUCAAAUCUGGAUUUUUGCCAACUUUUUGUAGGUACGUAAAUAUCCAUGAAUUGCUGCUGGAUGUCCUGAACUGUAAUUCGAUGGAACGAAAUUUGCCGGUUGGCAGUGUGUUUUGAGGCCUGUGAUGUUGUUCACCUGGGUCUUGUUGUGACAAUCUGGAAG